CGACCCCACCAUUACCACGACAGACAAAAUGGCGCCCUCAUACGAGAACCUCCCCAUGGAGGAUGACGAAUUCGACGAGUCCCAAAUCGACUUUACCGAUAUCGAAGAACAAUACCAAGUGCGCCUCGAUGAGGGACUUGACGCCUUUGUGGUCGUGGAUGGCCUGCCCGUUGUGCCCGAAGAGAGCAAAGGAAAGCUCAUCAAAUUCGUUUUGAGGAAAUUGAACUCUGUGGGAAAAGUCAAGGAGGAUGGCGUUUUCAUGCCAGUGAACGACGACGGACAGACGGAAGGUUUCGCUUUCGUCGAAUAUAAUGCCCCCAGCGAGGCCGUCGCAGCUGUCAAGCAACUCCAUGGUGUUGCCCUUGACAAGAAGCACACCAUGGCUGUGAACAAACUUACCGAUAUCGACCGUUACGGACGCGAAGGCCGCAUUGACGAGGAAUAUCACGAGCCUGAGAUCGAGCCCUUCCAGCAGAAGGAACACUUGCGAUCAUGGCUCGGCGACAUCGACGGCCGCGAUCAAAUGGCCUUCUACCGCGGCGAGAAGGUCGGCGUUUUCUGGAACGAGAAGGAAGAUGCGCCAGAGCAGGUUAUCGAUCGUGAGGGUUGGACCGAAUCUUUUGUACAGUGGUCGCCAUUGGGUACAUUCCUUACCUCGAUGCACGCCCAAGGUGUGCAACUUUGGGGCGGCAAGGGCUGGAGCAGGCAAAAGCGAUUUGCCCAUCCCGGUGUCAACCUGGUCGACUUCUCCCCCAACGAGAACUACCUCACUACCUGGUCUCACAGGCCUCUUCAGGUCGACGAGAACCACCCUGUCCCAUCUUUGUCUGCUGAUGAGGAUGGCAAGAACUACAUCAUCUGGGAUAUGGCAACUGGCAAACCUCUCCGUUCUUUUGCCACCAUUGAUGUCCCGAGUGGCACUGAUGCUGAGGGUAACCCCAUCAAGAAGAAGAUGCAAUGGCCGACUUUCAAGUGGUCCGCGGAUGACAAGUACGUCGCCCGUAUGACUCAGGGCCAGCAGAUCUCCGUCUACGAGACCCCCAGGAUGAACCUCCUCGAGAAGACCUCGAUCAAGAUUGAGGGUGUCAUGGAUUUCGAAUGGGCACCCGCUACGCCUAGACGUGAGGGCGUCAAGACUUACGAGCAACUCUUCUGCUACUGGACUCCUGAGCUUGGCAGCAACCCUGCUAAGGUUGGUGUCAUGUCAAUUCCCUCCAAGGAGAUCGUUCGAACCCGUAACCUCUUCAACGUUUCCGACGCCAAACUUCACUGGCAAUCCGAUGCUGCCUACGUGUGCGUCAAGGUUGACCGCCACUCCAAGUCGAAGAAGUCUCUCGCCACAAACCUCGAGAUCUUCCGCAUCCGGGAGAAGGGUGUGCCUGUGGAAGUUGUCGACUCGAUUAAGGAUACCGUCAUCAACUUUGCUUGGGAGCCUAAGGGCAACCGAUUCGUCCUGAUCACCACCGGCGAGAUCCCCGCUGGCGCCGCCGUUCCCCCCAAGACCGCCGUGUCUUUCUUCGCACCCGAGAAGCUCAAGGGCGGAGCCAUUGGCAACUUCCGACACAUUCGCACUGUCGACAAGAAGAACAGCAACGCCAUCUACUGGUCUCCCAAGGGUCGUUUCGUCGUCGUUGCCACCGUUGGCUCCCAACAGUCCUUCGACCUCGACUUCUGGGAUCUCAGCUUCGAGAAGCCCAAGGAGGACAAGGAUGACAAGGAGAAGGAGCUCAACGCCAACCUCCAGCUCAUGGCCACUGCCGAACACUACGGUGUGACUGACAUCGACUGGGACCCCACCGGCCGAUAUGUCACCACCGUGGCCAGUGCAUUCAGGCACCAGAUGGAAAACGGCUACCACCUGUACGACUUCAAGGGCACUCUCCUCCGCGAAGAGCACAUCGACCGCUUCAAGCAGCUCCUGUGGCGCCCGCGCCCCGCCACCCUCCUCUCCAAGGAGGAGCAAUCCGAGAUCCGCAAGAACCUCCGCAACUACUCCAAGAUCUUCGACGAGCAGGAUCUCGCCAAGAAGAACACGGCCAACAAGGCGGUCGUCGAGGCCCGCCGCGCCAUGCUCCAGGACUGGCUGUCGUGGCGCGAGUCCAUGAUCCGCAUGCUCGAGGAGGAGCACGCCGAGAUCGAGCUCAACGGCGGGCAGAUCGAGAAGCUCGACGAGGGCGACGUCGAGGAGAUCGAGGAGAUCGUCGAGGAGAUUGUCGAGGAGACGGAGGAGGUCGUCAACUAGAAGACAUAGACCAAAUUCAAAAAACCUUCUACUCUCAUAUUCACACACACACACACACACUCAGCCCUCUCUUUUCUCUCAUUCUUUCCUGUAAUGCAUGUCAUGAAUCAGAAGGUUUUAAAAAGGGACGAGAAACGGAUUCCUCUCAUGUUUAAGCUAGCGUACCUUAUGAACGAAAGACGAAAAAGGAGGUACGGUACUUCGUAGAACUUAGCUUUUUUGAUUCCUUGGCCAUAUCCCGAAUCCUCAUGGGUUGGCUUUGUGAAUAAAAGAUUGGGCGGCGAUUAAUGGAAAUGGAAAUUCAGUUCAGGACAACA